CAUUUCCAUCGCGAAGGACAUCAUGAAAGUAAACAAACAGACGUGCAUUGGAGAGCGAAGACCGGCUUAAAACGUGGUUUCAUAUUCGAAAUUUCGAGCCAUUUCUUUCUACAGAACACCUUCGCGUUUACUACGAACAAUGCUAGAGCCACUUCUACCAAUAUUGGAAAGGAAACAAAUAAUUUUGGCAAGCAGUUCGCCUCGACGCAAGGAGAUUCUCAACAUGCUGGGUCUCAAAUACCAGAUUGUAACGUCCGACUUCGAAGAAAACUUGAAUAAGGACGACUUCCCAACGCCAGUGCAAUAUGCCAUCGAAACGUCCAGGAGGAAGGCAGUCGAUGUGGCAGAAAUUUUAUCAAAAGCAAAUAAAAGUGCAGAUUUGAUAAUAGCAGCCGAUACCAUAGUCACCGUGGAUAACGUAAUCUACGGGAAACCAAAAGAUCAAGCUGACGCUAUUGAGAUUUUGAAAAAACUCAAUAACAGGAGUCAUACAGUUGAAACAGGCGUCACACUUCUGUAUCCAUCAAACGGGAAAUUUUUGUCAAGGUGUUUCAGCGAAACGACAAUGGUUCACAUCACGGGUAUGACUCAGUCGAUGAUAGAAGGCUACGUGAAGACUGGAGAACCAAUGGGCAAGGCUGGAGCGUACGGCAUCCAGGGAAAAGGUGGAAGCCUCAUCGAGAAGAUUUCCGGAGACUACUACAACGUCAUGGGAUUUCCCCUGCACAAGUUUUGUAAAGAAUUGAUCGCACUUUACACAGAGUUGGGCUUUGUAGACAAAGCUUAAAUUAACUAAAAUCGUUGACGAGUUAUCAUAAAUACAUUGUACGAGGAUGAUCAGACCAGGCUCAAAGGACAAUCCAGGUUACAAACAGUUGAACGUAGUUGAAAUAAGUGGCAACCGGUUUCAAUUCAGCCGGCAUCAUAUCACAGUCUCCACUGCUGCUGCUUUUUGAAGUUGUGAGUCACUUGUGAAGAGUUCUUUUAUGUUCUUUGCUCAUAUAUGUGCUGCGUUUUUCAUAAAUAAAAUGGAUGUAAAUGGA